ACUCGAAGGCACCAUGAAGACAUUGACUGCCUUGCUCCUUGUGAGUCUUCUAGCUCUUUGGAUAGGAUUUCCUACCACUGAUUGUACUGGAAUCGCAUUUGUGAUACCUCGUAUUUGCCCCAGAAAUCCAUUUCGAUGUACUGUACCAGGAAUUGAUCGUUGCAGUUCUGGCUAUGACUGUCCAAGAAACCAAAUGUGCUGUUCGUACAAUUGCAUCAGGGUCUGCAGACUCCCACAAGUGAGACCUAGGAUUUGCCCCACAAUGCCAUUUCUAUGUUCGUCACUAAGAAUCAGGCACUGCAAUACCGACUACGACUGUCCAAGGAACCAGAUAUGCUGUUCUACCUUCAACUGUGGAAGGGUCUGCAGAUUCGCCCUAGCAUAACCUUCUACACCACUGACUGGUGAAGAAAUCAUCACAGAGGCAGUGUGUCUGUGGAUUCAUCACUCAUUCUCUACUGUAUGCCAUCACCUUCCAUCCAAUGGCAUGCAUAUACAGUCGUCGUGGUUGGCUUGUCUUAGCUGAGGAAAAGAGAGACAUAGGUCCUUUCCGCACUUGGAUCUCAUCCCUGG